ACUUUCACUGCAUGGUGUAACUCCCACCUUCGCAAAGCUGGAACUCAAAUUCAAAAUAUUGAAGAAGAUUUUCGAAAUGGUUUGAAACUUAUGUUGUUGUUAGAGGUAAUAUCUGGAGAAACAUUGCCCCGGCCAGACAAAGGAAAAAUGAGGUUUCACAAAAUAGCUAAUGUCAACAAGGCUCUUGAUUUUAUAGCCAGCAAAGGAGUUAAACUUGUGUCCAUUGGAGCAGAAGAAAUUGUGGAUGGAAAUGUCAAAAUGACGUUGGGACUUAUCUGGACAAUCAUUCUUCGGUUUGCUAUUCAAGACAUAUCAGUUGAAGAAAUGACAGCUAAAGAAGGCUUACUCCUGUGGUGCCAGCGAAAAACAGCUCCGUAUAGAAAUGUAAAUGUUCAGAAUUUUCAUUUGAGCUGGAAAGAUGGAUUAGCAUUUUGUGCUUUGAUUCAUCGACACAGGCCAGAUUUAUUAGAUUACAGCAAACUAUCAAAGGAUAAUCCACUCGAAAAUCUCAACCUGGCCUUUGAUGUUGCAGAGAAACACUUGAACAUUCCUAAGAUGUUGGAUUCAGAUGAUCUCAACAGUACUGCUAUGCCAGAUGAACGAGCAGUUAUGACAUAUGUUUCUUCAUAUUAUCACACUUUUUCUGGGGCUCAACAGGCUGAAACAGCUUCUAACCGCAUCUGUAAAGUGCUUAAGGUGAACCAAGAAAAUGAAAGGUUGAUGGAUGAAUAUGAGAGGCUGGUCAGUGAUUUGCUUGACUGGAUCAAUAAGACCACACCUUGGCUUGAGAACAGAACAGCAGAUAAUACAUUAAAUGGAGUCCAAAAGAAGCUUGAAGAAUUUCGAAAGUAUAGGAGAGUUAGCAAACCACCAAGAGUUGAAGAGAAAGCCAAACUUGAAACAAAUUUCAACACUCUCCAGACCAAAUUAAGGCUGAGCAAUCGUCCUGCAUAUCUUCCAAGUGAAGGCAAAAUGGUUUCUGAUAUAGCCAAUGCUUGGAAAAUACUAGAAACAGCAGAGAAAGGAUUUGAAGAAUGGCUUUUGUCAGAAAUGAUGAGAUUAGAGCGCUUAGAUCAUCUUGCACAGAAAUUCAAACACAAGGCUGAUAAUCAUGAAGACUGGACAGAGGGAAAAGAAGAAAUGCUAGAAAGUGAAGAUUUUAGAAAUUGUCGACUGAAUGAAGUGAAAGCUUUGAAAAAGAAACAUGAAGCUUUUGAGAGUGAUUUAGCUGCUCAUCAAGACAGAGUGGAACAAAUAGCAGCAAUUGCUCAAGAGCUGAAUGCCUUGGAUUACCAUGACGUAGCCACUAUAAACACUAGGUGUCAAAAUAUAUGUGAGCAGUGGGAUAAACUAGGGACAUUGAUGCAGAAACGGUGCUAUGCUUUGGAGGAAGCAGAAACUGUACUGGAAAAGAUAGAUCAACUACACCUUGAAUUUGCCAAGAGAGCAGCUCCUUUCAACAAUUGGUUAGAUGGUGCUAGAGAAGAUCUGGUGGAUAUGUUCAUUGUACACACAAUGGAUGAGAUUCAGGGUUUAAUAGAUGCCCACGAACAAUUUAAGCAGACACUCGGCGAUGCUGAUAGAGAACACCAAGCCAUAGUGGGGCUGACAGAAGAAGUUGAAAGUAUAGCAAGCAAAUAUCAGGUCCCAGGUGGUGUUGAUAACCCCUACACAGCCUUGACUACUGUUGAAUUAACACAGAAAUGGUUAGAGGUAAAAGAACUUGUGCCAAAGAGAGACCAAGUCCUUGAAGCUGAAUUGUUACGACAACAGUCCAAUGAAAUGUUGAGAUGCAAAUUUGCAGAGAAGGCUAAUGUGGUAGGACCGUGGAUUGAGGGCCAGAUGGACAGUGUGGCAGCUUUAGGUAUGGGUAUGCAAGGAGUAUUGGAAGAUCAGCUAGACAAACUCCAACAGCUUGAACAAGCUGUAGUACAGUAUCAGCCUCAUAUGGAUGAGCUUGAAAAAUGUCAUCAGGAAGUACAAGAAUCUAUGAUUUUUGAAAAUUCAUACACCCAGUAUACAAUGGAGGUAUGUUGGUCAAAUAGACCUACCUUGUAUAGAGUUAGGAUCCUUACUCGAGACUCAAAAGGAAUUACCCAGGAGCAGUUGAAUGAAUGCAGAAGUUCCUUUAACCAUUUUGAUAAGGAUCGAUCAGGUCGCCUCCAACCAGAGGAAUUCAAAUCUUGUCUUGUCAGUUUAGGUUUCAACAUAAGAAAUGACAAACAAAGCGAUGCUGAAUUCAAAAGAAUCCUUAAUAGUGUGGACCCAAACAACACAGGUUACGUGAAUUUUGAUGCCUUCCUUGACUUUAUGACUAGAGAAAAUACUGACAGAGAUACAGCAGAACAGAUAAUUGAUUCUUUCCGUAUUUUGGCAGGAGACAAGCCUUAUAUUUUAGCAGAUGAACUUCGUAGGGAGCUUCCUCCAGACCAGGCUGAGUACUGUAUUCAACGGAUGAUUCCUUACACUGGGACAGGGGCAGAACCUGGAGCUCUGGAUUACAUGUCCUUUUCUACUGCCCUCUAUGGAGAGAGUGAUCUCUAGUCUGUCGUUUCUCAUGAGUUAUCUGUCAUUAGAAUUAUGUUUGGAUUAAAUAGGAUGUGCCUUUAUUCAACAAAAAUGUCCUGUAUUGCAAUUUUUUGUUUCAGAGAUCUUACAGAACAAACCUAGCAUCAAUGAUUUGUCUGUGCCUUUAUGUCAGUUUUGUUUGUUUUGAAAGCUAUUCAUAUUAUUAAGCAUGUGUAACUCUGAAUGAUUAGCAAAUUAUGAAUUUUGUACUAAAUAUGUGGUAUUUUCCCUUAAUCAGCAGUCAAAGUGUUUUUUGUAAUGGUCUAAGUUAUGGAGCCAGGGAAUUCCAGACUCUUAAGAGAUCACUCAAUAUUGCUAAAGGAUUUUUUCCUCUUAUCAAGGCCACAUUUAAGUUCUUUAGAUAUCAGCAGAUAAAUGAAACAUUAAAUUCCAAAUUAGAGUACAUGUUUCAGAAAUAUUGUUUGUGUAAAGCCAUUUGUGAUGAUCAUUAAAUAAUGAUUUGGCUUGA